AGAUUUAUACAUAGGAAAUUACCUCAAAAUAAAAUGAUAUGAUGCAAAAAGCAUGAAAACCAAAAAAAUAAACCAUUUUUAUAAUUAGUACUAUAAUUGAAGCUUUUUAUAACCACGGAACUGACACAUGUUUAUUGAUUAUUGUCCCUUGUUGAGAUAAUACGGUAAUUUAAUUUUUGAUAAGGACAACAUUCUUCAUUCGUUUUUCUUCCCCAGUCCCCUCCCUUCAGUCUUCAGUAUUCCAUUUUCUGAAGGGGUAAGAGUGAAAUUAAAUUGAAAAUUUCAAUUUCCUUUCUUCACAUUAACAUAAGAGUAGUGCAAUAAUAUUCCAAUAUACAUCUUAAAAGUUGUGGCCCUCGAAAAGUGUUUAAUGCGGAGAGGACAUCACAUUUUAAGAUAUAUUUAUAAAAACAUGGAGAUCUGAACUGUGCUUAGUUAUACACACAUACAGACUACAACAAAAAUAUUUGGGGAAUUACGGACAGAUUCCAACUAAGUUACAAUGGUUACAACAAGACGAGCGCGUAAUCAGACUAGCGCCAGGUUAUCCGAGGCCGUUUUGCGUCCAAAUUCCGUAUCCGAAAAUGGAAGAGCUCGCCAGAACUUGAAUCCAGAAGUGUUGGCUGCAAUGAGCAAAGAACAACUGCGGGCCGAGUGCAGGAAACGCGGACAACGGGCUACGGGCAACAAAAACGAGCUGCUAGCCCGUCUCGGGUAUUACAAGCUGGCGGCGGCGCAGGUCGACACGGAGCAGCGCGCGCGCAACGGGCUGCACAACCCCCAUCCUAAAGAAAUUAGAAUAAGGAGCAAAGAGAACAUGGAUUCAGAUAGCAAUUUAGUGCUAUGGCGACGUCCUAUCACCACACUAGAAUACUUCUUCAAAGAGCUGUUUGCGCUCACCUCCGCUGGCCUCCAAAGAUUAUUCGCGUACAAACUUCUGGCUUUAUUAAUAGUAUUGAUCAUCACCGGAACGACGGUGUCCUACCACAUAAGCGGACCUCAUCAGCCAUAUGUACAUCUAGUAAUAUCAACACUCGCGUGGUGGGGCUGGUGGGUGAUCCUAGGCGUAUGCAGCUCCGUAGGCCUCGGGACCGGCCUCCAUACAUUCCUCCUAUACCUGGGGCCUCACAUCGCGCGGGUCACUCUUGCCGCGUACGAGUGCGGCGGCCUCAACUUCCCCGAACCGCCUUACCCUAAUGAUAUAAUCUGCCCAGCAGAAAUCGACCCCAACAACACCGUGUCGAUAUGGAACAUCAUGGCCAAAGUGCGCGUCGAGUCCAUGAUGUGGGGCAUCGGUACGGCGCUGGGGGAACUGCCGCCGUACUUCAUGGCCAGGGCGGCGCGCCUGUCGGGCGGCAGUGUGGCGGAGCUCAAUAUAGAUGACGAAUCCGCCAUGAGCAGAGCAAAGAAAACAGUACAAAAGCUAGUCGAGCAGAUCGGCUUCAUCGGCAUCCUAGCGUGCGCGUCGAUACCCAACCCGCUGUUCGACCUGGCCGGGUUGACCUGCGGGCACUUCCUCGUACCGUUCUGGACGUUCUUCGGGGCCACAGUCCUGGGCAAAGCGGUCAUUAAGAUGCACAUACAGAAGAUGUUCGUUAUUGUGUCCUUCAAUGAGACUCUUGUUGGACAAGUCCUAACCUGGGUGGAGCGGAUACCCUACAUCGGGCCCAAGCUCGAAGCGCCUCUCCUCGAGUUCCUCCGCAACCAGAAGGCCAGACUACACAAAAACGACUCCGCACUGCCCGAGAACUCCGGCUCGGUGCUGUCGAGCUUGUUGGAGAAGUUCGUGCUGGCCAUGGUGCUGUACUUCGUGGUGUCAAUAGUGAACGCUCUGGCGCAGAACUACAAUAAGCGCAGCGGGAAGAAGAAAGGGAAGAAGCGGGAAUAGGGGCGCGCGCCGCCCGACGCGACCUCACACCACGCGCGCCGUCGAAAGUCGGAGAAACGUCGGCGGCGGUAGUACCCAAUAAACUGCGAUGAAAGUUAAAUAGUUAUUUUAUUAAGACCGAGCGCGCAAUACUAAGACACUCUUAUAUAUACAGUCAUCAUAUGUACGAUAGAGAGCAUGUCACUUGUAGUUUUGUGCCAGCUUUAUUAUAAGUCGAAUUCAUCUGUCCUGUAAAAUAGAGGCAAUGUCUUAUGAAUAAUCAACCAACUAUAAGUUUCACAAGUAUAAGAUAUAAAAUACUUUUAAUGUGAGAUGUUGGUGGGAUUUAAGUAAGAGUAUAGACUAUAGAUAAGAACAUAAUUUGCAUGGUGUCAAAUUUUUUAUUAAACUGUGAUUGUCGUAGUGGUCGAUGAUGAAUGUUUUAAAUAAUACUCUAUUGUAUAAUUUUUUUAAACAUUUAUAUUCGCGUAGAUACAGAACAUUAUCUCAGUAGGUAUAGCUUUCCUCAACUAUAUCACCAACACCUAGAGUCUGACCAGCGAGUCUGCUCAGAAAAAAAAAUGCGGGAAUUUCAGUACAAGCCGCACCUGGGGGCCUACCGCGAAAACAGACAUUCGCAAAUUACGGGGAUCUUUCUCUUUUACUCUUACUAAGACGUAAUUAGAGUGACAGAGAAAAAUGCCCGCAAUUGACUAACUCCGAUUUUCGCGGUUGUAGCUCUGGCAAUAAAAUUACUUUGAAAUUAAGUGUCAGCUUAAAACUGACAGCUUAUUUGAUAGGAAAAAAGUCGCCAUAUAAAGAAUAAAAAAAAAAACUUGUGACACGACUCACUGUUCAGACUCUAAAAAGAAACAGAGUCCAUUUAUAAAAUUCUUGCAACUAAGAACUGUCUGUAAUUUUUACAACAUUGUGACAUAAAGGGUUUUAAUUGCAAAUGAUUUCAACCCGAUGGUUCACCAUUGGGCUAAGCUAAACCCAUUUAAGUCACACAUUACCAGCUAGUGGCCCGACCGGUAAUAUCUUGCCUUACUGUAAGUUAAAAUAAGUGUUCACUAACCAUUAACUAGCUAAGUAACUAUUUAACUUUCAUAACUGAAGUUAGCUAUAGUCAAAUAUUGAGAGGUAAAAUAAUAAAAUCAUGGGUAUAGUUUUCUAAGUGACAUAAUGAUAAGCUUAGAAAAGAAUAUUAUGUAGGACGUAGAUUUCAGAAUAGCCCUAGCUAGCAAAACAACAAGUCUUGUCCAAACUUCAUUGUUUUAAACAAGGCUCUGAACCGGUUUUAAAAAUAGCGCUGAAUACCGCCGGUUUCUUUUUUACUCCAAACUUUCAUGAGAGUGCGAACUUUAUUGUAACCUAAAUAAACCGGUUUAUUUGACAAGCGACGAAAGACGGAGUAACCGGUUUUUAUUGUUCUAAAUCAGUUAACCUGUCAAGAACUUUACGGAAAUGUUCUCUUAAACCGGUUAAGAAAUAACGGUUUUACGAACGAAACGUUUUGCGUUGCGUGAUGAUAACGGUUUGGAAAUUUAACCGGUUUCCGAGCCUUUAGAUUUACAGAAUUUUAACUGAAAUGUUCGCAACUCGUGAUCUUGUUGAAAAUUUUUGAAGUUGUUUUUUACGCUAUCCCCUUUUAUAGAAUGCUCAGUUAGACAUUUUAUUCACAUUUUUUGAGCAAAUUGUCUAAAUAGUUUUGUCUGAACUUUAAAGCAUAUUAGAACCUAACAUGAAUUCAUCAAUUUGAAUAUUUUUUUACUAGUAGUAAAUGAUACUGAUUCGUGUGUGGUCCCGUUUAACAUUUUAAUCUCUUCCUAAAAAUUGUUUUAGUCAUAAUAUUCGCUGAAGAAAAUUUGUAGAUAGUCUUCCCUAGAAAAGACGAGAAUGACUAUAACAGAUGAUAUGCUGGUUGAUUUAACAAGAUCUAUGUGCUAGAAUCAGAUAAUAGAUAGGUACUUGUCACAAUGCUGACGUGUGCAUUUUUAAUAUUACGCAAUGAUGCAACUGUUUGAUGCUUAUGGAUUUUGCGUGUUAAAACACAAUUUGAUUGUAUAUGUCGGUGCUUUUCGUUUUUGAUUAUUCUGAUUUUAGCCAAUUUCUGGUCGUUUAAUUAAGUACCAGAGGAUGUGGGUGUACAGGAUAGAUUUAAAAUAUUAACCAAAAAUAUUUAAGUGUUAUAUCCAAAUGUAUUAUUUGGUGCUGUUCCUAAUUUUCAAAAUUUGACACCUCUUAAGUUGUUUUUAUACAGUUAUAUAAUGGUUAUACCUUACGUUGAUUUUUUUGGAUGUUUUUUUAUUACGAAUUAGUCAUACGGAAAUCUGUCCGUUUUCUCUGGAAUUUUUUUGCGCAUAAAACUGACAAACCUCCGUGCGGAUAUCCGCCGAAACUGUGAGUUUUACAUCUGGUCUCUAAACUUUAGUUAUAAUCAUUAUUUGCAUUUUAAAUUUACUUACCCUAUUAUAAUAACUUAACUUAUGUAUUUGAAUUUGUUAUAUUUUAUUUCGGUAUUUAAUCAGUUAGUGCGCAUAUCUGUGCUGUUCUGUUUUUCGUUUCUACUAUUUCUAUAUAACAUUGUUGUAAGUUAAAUAGUUAACAUACUUUAGUUUAUUCUGAGCAGUCAAAGUAUAGAGGUUACACUAAAAGACAUUUUGUAUCUUAUACGUAUAGGAAAAAAUAAUAGUCUGUCAAGCAUUUCCGCCAGUAAGAAAAAAAUGGCAAAUAAAAAAAAUUUAGGCGCGAGGGGUUAUCGUCCCGUAGAAAAAAUGAAAUUCGUGCCUUUUUCUACUGACAAAGUUGUUUGACAGACUAUAUAAUAAUUAAGUAGCUGAAUGGAGCCCAGUAUUAAUAUAUUAAGAGAACACUCCCGUGACAAAAUAUAAAUAUGGGCAAGUUGAAUGAAACAUGUUUGGGCUCAAUAAUAUCUAGUAGACACUAAAGCCCAAAGUAGAUUUUUUACACGAACUGUUUCAAACAUUUAACCAGUAGCUAUAAUGUUUUGAUUCAUCUGUGAAUCGCAUUCCCUGCUUUAUGAUGUGAUGCUUGUCUUUGAACUAGUCCGUGUUUCUAAAUAAAUCGAUAGUCAUGACUUACUUGAUUUUAACUUCUAGAUUGAGGGACAUUCCAAGAGACAAAAUCAACUAAGUUAGUUAUAAGGUUUCAAAUACGUGACUAAAACCAUAUAAUUAGCUUAUGAUGAUUCACGGCAGUUUAUAUUCGAAGACAAACUCGAGAACUAUUUUUGUCUCUUUUGAAUAUCUGCGUCCCGUUUGAUUCGAAGGCAUGGCCAGAAUAACAAACUUAGCACAAAGUAGAGUUGUAAAUAAGUAACCUUGUAAAAUAAUACCAAUUCUUAUUUAACUUGUGAAUCGGACGGUAGUUGUUCUUAUUUAUUCUUUUUAGUUUUUGGGGCUGUUUUUAAUUGUGAAAUGGGUUUAAAACAUUCCAUAUAUAAAUGAUUAUGUGAAAUAUAAAAGUUACUCUCGAAUGGGAUUUUAUACUAAAUUAAAUUACCUUUAAAGUAAGUAAAUCAAGGCCAAAUUUAGUAUUUAUACGGUUUCAUCAAUCAUGAUUUAAAGUUAAUUUAGGUGAUGCCAGUCAUUAACUGUUUUUAAACAUCAGUAGAAUCAGACAAGACCCUUACUUUUGGGCUUUAAACUUUGUUAAACGCCAAUGUGUUUCUUAAACACAGACAACCCAGUCUUGGAGCAUUUACACUAGGGACGCCAUAUCUGUCAUUUUCUGUACUAAACAGGCUGCCUAUUUUUGCGGGGCCGAUAUUUGCACGUAACGUGAAAAUAGCCAUGUCAGAUAAACGUUAGUCCCUCCAUACAAAAGUACGCACAGUUGUGCAAGAUUUUCGGCUGAGGGUUCCUCUUAAAGGCGACUCCUGUCUAAAUGCUCUAAGAACACAGUACCUGCCAGUACUGGCUUGUCAGUUAAAAAGAUAAAAACCACUGGCAUCGUCUAAACUAGCGUUUAUAUAGAACGAAGAAUAAUAGAUGCUCAUUGUACAGGAAUAGUGUAGUUACUAUUUUGAGAGUGCAGUUAUAAAAGAUAGCUAGAGUUUUAAUACCUAAUAAAAUCAGAGGCAAAAUUCUUAUGGUAUGGUAUAGUUUAAUAUAUUUAGAACAUGUGAUUUAAUUUAUUCAAAUGUGAACGUAUAUACAUAAUAGUUUAAUUGUUUAUUUUAAUUGAACAUGUAUUAUUUUUCUCAAAUAUUUGUUAGUUAUGAAGUAGUCAUGUGAAGUGGUACACUUAGUACAAAAUUUUUGCAUAUAAAUAUUUUCCAGUUUGAGGUUUGCACCCGAAAAGCAAUAAAUGGAUGGUGAAAAACUUUUAA